AUGCCGAAGAGGAAAGUGACCUUCCAGGGCGUGGGGAAUGAGGAUGAGGAGGAUGAGACCAGUGCUCCCAAGAAGCUGGUGGACCCUGUGGCUGGCGCAGGAGGUCCUGGGAGCCGCUUCAAAGGCAAACACUCUUUGGACAGUGAUGAGGAGGAUGAUGAGGAGGAGGGGUCCAGGAAAUAUGACAUCCUGGCCUCAGAGGAUGUGGAAGGUCAGGAAGCAGCCACACUCCCCAGUGAGGGAGGUGUGCGGAUCACACCCUUCAACCUCCAGGAAGAGAUGGAAGAAGGUCAUUUUGAUGCUGAUGGCAACUACUUCCUGAACCAGGAUGCUCAGAUCCGAGACAGCUGGCUGGACAACAUUGACUGGGUGAAGAUCAGGGAGCGGCCACCUGGUCAGCGCUCACCGUCAAACUCAGAGGAGGAGGACGGCCUGGGCCAGACACCAUUGAGUGCCCAAGCCCUCCUGGAGGGCCUUCUGGAGCUCCUGCUGCCAAGAGAGACAGUGGCUGGGGCACUGAGGCGUCUGGGGGCCAGAGGAGGAGGCAAAGGGGAUAGCAAGGGGCCCGGGCGGCCCAGUUCCCCCCAGCGCUUGGACCGGCUGUGCGGUUUGGCCGACCAGAUGGUGGCUCGAGGCAACCUUGGUGUUUAUCAGGAGACAAGAGAACGCUUGGCCAUGCAGUUGAAGGGGUUGGGGUGCCGGACCCAGGGACCCCUUGACUCCACGCCCAAACCUUCUCUGGACAUGUUUGCUGAGGAAGUAGCAGAAGGGGAGCUGGAGACCCCAACCCCUGUCCAGCGAGGAGAAGCAGAGUCACCAGGACCCGGUCUGCUGGAUGUGAUGUGGGAAUAUAAGUGGGAGAAUACAGGUGAUGCUGAGCUAUACGGGCCCUUCACCAGCAGCCAGAUGCAGACUUGGGUGAAUGAAGGCUACUUCCCUGAUGGUGUGUAUUGCCGGAAGCUGGACCCCCCGGGUGGACAGUUCUACAACUCAAAACGAAUUGACUUUGACCUCUACACCUGA